AUGCAGGGAUCAUCUCACGGGGACUUUGCCCUCCCCUCGGGUCCCAAUAUGCACGCUUCCGCCUCAUCUUUGCAGCGAAGACCUUCUUGGCAGUCCCAGCGCAUAUCGUCUAUCCGCUCGGGCAAAUCUCAUGCUUCGCGGCUCUCGAAUUCAUCCGCAACGCAACAAGGACCUGUGCAAGAGGAUAUGCAUCGCCCGGCGACGGCGACUUCUGCUCAGUCCUCGCAGCCAAAAUGGUGGCGCGUUCGGUUGUUCCGUGGAAUGAUCAAUGAUGUCAAGCGAAGAGCUCCCUAUUACUGGAGUGAUUGGACUGAUGCGUGGGAUUAUCGCAUUGUGCCGGCGACUGUAUACAUGUAUUUUGCUAAUAUCUUACCUGCCCUUGCCUUCUCUCUAGACAUGUUUGAGAAGACAAACCAAAGUUUCGGUGUCAAUGAGGUCCUGCUUGCCUCUGUUCUAGGAGCCGUUGUAUUUGCUCUCCUCGCUGCUCAACCUUUGGUCAUCGUGGGUGUUACCGGCCCUAUCACUGUGUUCAAUUACACAGUCUAUGAUAUUGUAACUCCUCGAGGUACUCCAUACCUUCCAUUCAUGUGCUGGAUUGGCAUUUGGUCAUUGAUUAUGCAUUGGAUUCUGGCAAUUACAAAUGCUUGCAAUGGACUUAAAUACGUGACUCGCUUCUCGUGUGAUAUCUUCGGGUUUUACGUUGCCUGUAUCUACAUCCAGAAGGGUAUACAGGUCUUGACCCGUCAGUGGGGCUCCGUUGGCGAAACCUCCGCCUACCUGGCAAUCAUGGUAGCGCUUCUUGUCUUGAUGGCUGCAUGGAUUUGUGGCGAAUUGGGUAACAGCAACCUUUUCAGUCGAUACGUGCGGAAAUUCCUUGAAGACUAUGGCACGCCGCUGGUCAUCAUAUUUUUCACUGGCUUCGUCCAUAUCGGUCACAUGAAGGAUGUCAAUGUCGCCGUGCUUCCUACCAGCAAAGCAUUCUUCCCCACACUAGAUAGGUCGUGGCUGGUCCGUUUCUGGGACCUCGACGUUGGGGACAUCUUUUUGGCUAUUCCAUUUGCCCUUCUCCUGACUAUCCUGUUCUACUUUGAUCAUAAUGUCUCUUCUCUCAUUGCACAAGGGACAGAGUUUCCUCUCCGCAAGCCAGCCGGUUUCCACUGGGACCUUUGGCUCCUUGGUCUUACCACCUUCGUUGCUGGUUUGCUUGGAAUACCCUUCCCCAAUGGUCUCAUUCCGCAGGCGCCUUUCCACACUGCUGCCCUUUGCGUCACGCGCCAAGUAGCAGACGAAGACGAGUCCAACAAGGGCAAGGCCGUUCGCAUCACAGAUCACGUAGUGGAGCAGCGAGUCAGCAACUUUGCGCAGGGCCUCUUGACUCUCGGCACAAUGACCGGCCCCCUUCUCAUCGUCCUUCACCUGAUUCCGCAAGGCGUCAUGGCCGGCCUAUUCUUUAUCAUGGGUGUUCAAGCCCUUCAGGGUAAUGGUAUCACUCAAAAGCUCAUUUUCCUUGCUCAAGACAAGAACUUCACACCAGCCUCAAAUCCUCUUAAGCGACUCAAUCGCCGCGCUGCCAUCUGGGUAUUUGUCAUCAUCGAGCUCAUUGGUUUCGGUGCAACUUUUGCUAUAACCCAAACCAUCGCUGCCAUUGGUUUCCCUGUGAUCAUUCUUCUCUUGGUUCCCGUACGUUCUUUCCUCUUCCCUUUGUGGUUUACUCGCGAGGAAUUGGCUGCUCUGGACGCUCCAACAGCUAGUUCGUUUACUAUGGAGAGUGUUGGCGGCACGCAUGGGCUAGAUGAAGAGACAGAAGAGGCGACGACUAGCGCAACCGAUGGCCUUCCCAAUGGAGGCGAUGGUGUUUUGAGGGGCCGCCCAUCUUCUUCCUCGGAACCUGUGAUUGAGAAUAAUGACCUUGAGAGCGGCGACGCAUAUGAAAUGACGACUCGGUCGUCUAUGACGAGGAGAAACACAACGAGCCGGAUGGACUGA